UUCGGCCAUAUUACGUCGGACAAUCGGUGUACUUCGCUCAAUAACCUGGGAUUGAUUAGACGAAGAAACAAUACAUAGCAAUAGAAUUUCCUCACACCCUGAAGACCUCGAGAAAUCGAAGUCUGAGGAAAUUCCCAAAACUGAUAACAUCAAAGAGGAGCGAACGGAUGGACUCGAUGAUCAAACCAAUCUACUUCCAACUAAACAGGUAAUAUUAGUCUUUCUAGGACUCAGUGCAGCGCUUUUUUGUAGUCUUUUGGACCAGACAAUCGUUAGUACUAUAUUGCCUAGUAUCAAUCACGAAUUCAAUGCUGCAAAUGAGGGAAGUUGGGUUGCAACUUCUUAUUUGCUCACAAGUACGGCUUUUAUGCCAAUACAUUCACGAUUGUCGGAUUUAAUAGGGCGUAAGACUGUAUUGCAGGUCUGCUUGGCUCUGUUCUUUAUAGGAUCUUUAGCAUGCGCCGUUUCUAAGACGAUAGAGGAGUUGAUCGUUUUUCGAGCAAUAGCAGGUGUAGGAGGUGGAGGUAUACUGAAUAAUGUUAUGGUAUCCAUAAGUGACAUAGUCUCCUUACGUGAACGUGGAAAAUAUCAAGGUAUACUUGGUGUUGUUGUUAGUGUAGCUAAUUCACUCGGACCUCUGCUUGGAGGUGUUUUCACUGAGACUAUUGGGUGGCGCUGGGCGUUCUGGAUUAAUCUCCCGCUGACUGGCGUUGCUAUUUUGAUAGUGCAAUUUUUCUUACCUUUUAAGCGAGUUGGCGGUAACUGGAGAGAGAAAGCCAGGAGGAUUGAUUAUGCAGGGUCUAUCAUAAUCCUCGCUUCAACGAUAUUGAUCCUACUUCCGCUAAACUGGGGUGGAAACAAGUAUGCUUGGGAUUCAGCAGUAGUUCUCGCGUUACUCAUUAUAGGAUUACUCUUGAUCGUCGUUUUCAUACUUGUAGAGAAUUGCAAGAAGAUUGUUGAUCUACCCAUUCUUCCAAUGCAUCUGUUCAAAAACAGAUCGGUUUCUGCAUCAUACACAUGCACCUUCUUCUCUGGGUGUAUCUUUUAUGGUGCUCUCUACUAUUUGCCCCAAUACUUACAAGUAGUUGCUGGCUACAGUCCGCUGAAGUCUGGUGUCAUCUUGCUAUCACUUAUAUUAAGUCAAACACUGUUUUCAUUCACAGCUGGUUUAAUAGUCAGUAAGACAGGAAAUUAUAUGUGGAAUAUUUGGACUGGCUUUAUGCUUUGGACGAUUGGAAUAGGACUGCUUACUACCUUAAGACCUGAUACCAAAUUAGCGAACUUCAUAGGAUACUGUGUGAUCGCAGGUGUAGGAGCUGGUAACACCUUUCAAACGACACUUCUAAGUGUUCAAGCAGCAGUUAGUAGACAAGAUAUGGCAGUUGCGACGGGAGGGCGUAACUUCAUUCGGAUGUUGGGAGGAACAAUAUCGCUUGCAUUAUGUGAUACUAUAGUGAGAAAUACUUUAAUAAAAGGACUGCGAAGUAGAUCACUAGAUGAAACAAAGAUCGAUGAAAUUACAACUGACCCUACUUCUAUUGGGAUGAUAGAAGGAAUCAAUACGUCGGAAGUUUUACAAACCUAUUGCAACGGAAUACGUAAUGUUUUUAUUCUUUUUACGGCUUGCUCCGGUGCAUCAUUUUUAAUUAGCUUGCUAAUCAAGCAAUAUCAGUUAGAGAGACCCGAUGACAAAGUAUUGAAGGAGGAAGGAAAAGCGUGGGCAGAGGAGCACAAAGCUAAAAAGCGGGCAAAAAAAGGUGCAGAUGUUGGAAACAAUUCAACUUAAUAAGGUUGUCUCACGGCACGCUUAAGGUCUCUUAUAGUUAGAAUUGGAGAAGUGUAAAUCAGAGUAUAGAAAUAACAAAUUGUACGAUAAAUAUUAAUCUAAACAC